AUGUCCGCAACAAAUUACACCGCAGUGUAUGGUCUCAUGCAAUUAUUGCGGUACCAGAACAACUAUCCGGAUCUUUCAAGUGGAUCAUGGCCACAGGCACAGCAAGGGCGUAAUUUGCUUGGGAGCAUUCCUCCCGUAAUGCAACAAUUCACGACAGAUUAUCAAAUAAACUUAUUUGGAGACUACCCUGGACCUCUGGAUUUAGUUCCAUCUGUCAUAUUUGCAGUUAUAUUUGGAAUAAUAGCUCUAGCUCAUUUAUUCAUCUUCAUUAUGAAUUACUCCCGGGGCCAUUAUUUCUGGUUAUCUCUCGGGUGGUUCAUUUAUGGAGUAAUGAGAGUGAUAGGAUUUUCGUUAAGACCAGUAUGGGGAAGAGACUUGAGUUAUGUCUUGUAUGGUCCACCUUGUGAAGUGUUUUUAAUUUUACCUUCUAUUCUCAUUGUCUCGUUCAAUUUGAUCCUAGCCCAGCGUAUUUUCACUUGGAGACAUCCUGUUGGUGGUUCCAGAAAACUCUUUUGGGGAGUCAUGAUAACUUUGUAUGUAGUUGUGGCUGGCGUGGUUGCAAUGACCAUCGUAGCUUCGAUUGUUCCAUAUCUCUACUUCUUGUCUGAAAGGGUGUACACUAGAUACAAGAAAGUGGUUCAAGUUACGUCAGUUUUGGUCCUGUUGUACUCAUUGACUUCGAUUUCAUUGUUGGGUUUGGCAUACUUUUUCAAGCCAACCAAAAAAGACGAGGAUUUAUACACAUUUCAGCCUUGGUGGAUCGAGUCUUUUUCUCCAUUGUACUAUGUGAAAAAGGGAGCUGCUCAAGAGGCUGCUCAGUCUUUUGCUAGAAGACAUUCAAUACACAGAAGAGCCAUUCGUGUUAUUCCUGCUUCUCAUCACCACUACCGUAUAGUCGAAGGACUAAGUAAAGAAAGAGGAAAUAUUAAUCAUAAUGCUUCAUUGUUGCUAAUUACAGUUACCACCGUUCUUAUUUUUGUUGGCUGUAUUCUCAGAGCCAUAGUGGUUUUCCAAGGCAGAUACCGAAAGGAUAGUAGUAUACUUUGUCGUCCUGUUGCCAUGUACAUUGUGUGGGGUGUAUUUGAACUUUUUAUCAACUUGUGCUACUUAAUUGGCAGAGUGGACUUGAGAUUUUACAGACCAGAUAGACUUCCAAAGGAUAUCAGAGAUAUAAUGACAGCCAACGUCUCCCAAGAACCUUCCCUAAUUAGUAGGGAAUCAGAGUCCGAUGGAUUUGAGUCUCCAGAAGAAAACGACAAGGAGACUUACGACGACUCAGAAGGUUUUGAUUUCCUGGACCCUGAACCAGCUUCAAGUGUCCGCGGACCCUAUGAACCCCCUAAAAGACCAUUCCAAAUACCAUAUCCUGUGGAUGAGAAGUAUAUUCAUAAGGAAGAUGACGAGGAUGAAGAGUUCCACUUCUAA